AUGAGUGAUUCUACCGCGCCCUCGGCGCAUCGCCCUCGAGGCUCCGAGGAUUUUGGUGUCUUUGAUGAUGCCAAAACCUAUUAUGCCUCUGAUGAACGACACACUGGCCGAUUCGCGAACCGGACUCGCACCUACUCACAGAGCAGUUUGAUCAAACAAAUCGAGCGGUUGAACCUACCCGAGCCUUUUCGUCGUGGAAGUCACGAUGAGAGCAACCUGGAGCAAGGCCGCCGCUUCCUCAUUCAAGUUGACGCGACCCUGGAGAGUUUGAAAGCACAAGAAGAUACCGAUGGCAAUAUGCAAAUCACAAUCGAGGAUUCCGGUCCCAAAGUUCUUCCUCUACGGACAGCCGCUUCGGCUGGUUACCACAGAUUCGAAGUCCGUGGCACUUAUAUGCUGUCCAACCUACUGCAGGAGUUGACUCUGGCCAAAGAGUACGGCCGCAAGCAAAUCAUCCUCGAUGAAGCCCGACUCAACGAAAAUCCUGUUAACCGCCUUUCUCGUCUCAUCAAAGAUCAUUUUUGGGACGGCUUGACAAGGCGUAUUGAUGCUUCUAGCAUCGAAAUUGCUGCUCGCGACCCCAAAGACUGGACCGAUGAUCCUCGACCCCGAAUCUAUAUACCCUCCAAGUGCACUGCUCAAUUCGAGUACUAUAAACAGGUGGCCCUUGACCGCCCGGAGAUUCGACUCGAUGUGCAAUUACUCCCCGAAGUGAUUACCCCGGAGAUUAUUCGCGACAUGAACGAGAAACCUGGUCUCCUUGCUGUUGCCGUCGAAGAGGUUGAGGAGCAAGAUCCUGUCAAGGGCACCAUCAAGACCCUUCGUGGACUCCCCUUUGUUGUGCCUGGUGGCCGAUUCAACGAGUUGUACGGGUGGGAUAGCUACAUGGAGUCCCUUGGUUUGUUGGUCAACGACCGUGUUGACUUGGCCAAGGCAAUGGUGCUCAACUUUUGCUUUUGCAUUGAGCACUACGGCAAGAUUCUCAACGCCACGCGCUCAUACUAUCUUGGGCGCUCACAACCUCCUUUCCUCACCGACAUGGCUCUCCGAGUAUAUGAAAAGAUCAAGCACGAGCCCGAUGCACUCGAGUUUUUGCGUCGCUCCAUUCUUGCCGCCAUCAAAGAGUAUCACAGUGUCUGGACUGGACAAGCUCGUCUGGAUCCUACGACUGGUUUAUCGAGAUACUGCCCUGAAGGUCUGGGCGUUCCUCCCGAAACCGAGCCUAGUCACUUUGUCCACAUCCUGCAGCCGUACAUCAAGAAGCAUGGCAUGGAGUUUGACGAGUUUGUUCGCGCGUACAACCAUGGCGAGAUCAAGGAGCCUGAACUGGACAAUUAUUUCAUGCACGACCGUGCCGUGCGAGAGUCGGGCCACGACACUAGCUAUCGCUUCGAGGGAGUUUGCGCGAACCUAGCAACCAUCGAUCUCAACUCACUUCUCUUCAAAUAUGAGACAGACAUCUCUCGAACUAUCCGCAGUUUAUUUGAUGACAAGCUAGUCAUGCCUGAAGAAUUUUGCCAAGGUACCCCUUAUAAGCCUGGUGAUAUUCUCACAUCUGCCUUGUGGGACCGCAAGGCCAAGAGACGCAAGCUUACCAUGGACAAGCUGAUGUGGAAUGAAGAAGAGGGCAUGUUUUUUGACUACGACUUUGUCAAUAAGAAGCGCUGUACCUAUGAGACUGCUACAACACUGUGGUCGCUGUGGGCCGGUCUCGCCUCACCAAAGCAAGCAGCGGAUAUCGUGAAAAAGGGCCUUCCAAAAUUUGAAGAAUUCGGUGGCCUGCUUGCCGGUACUGAAAGCUCGCGUGGUGAAAUCGGUCUGGAGCGCCCUAACCGACAGUGGGAUUACCCAUACGGCUGGGCACCGCAGCAGAUGCUGGCUUGGACGGGUCUGCUCCGCUACAGCUUCAACGAAGAGGCCGAGCGACUGGCCUACAAGUGGCUUUUUAUGAUUACCAAGGCCUUUGUCGAUUUCAACGGUGUAGUUGUCGAAAAGUACGACGUGACGCGUCCCAUUGACCCUCACCGCGUGGAUGCCGAGUACGGCAACCAGGGUCUGAACUUCAAGGGCGUCGCCAAAGAAGGGUUCGGCUGGGUGAAUGCGAGCUACGUGUACGGUCUGCAGAUUGUGAAUGCGCACAUGCGCCGCGCGCUGGGCACGUUGACGCCGUACCCCACGUUUAUCAAGGCCAUUGAGCAGCUGAAUGAAAAGGCUCUUGCCGAUCUUGAGUAG